CCUUUUCCCACGUGAUCUCGGGCGGGCUAAGGACCUGCUGCUUCCCAAACGCCAGAGGGAUGCGGGCGGCAGAGCGCGAGAGGCGGCUGCUGGGCUGUGGGGCGCUUUGACUCUCCUUCCACCCAGCCUCCUUGGACUCCUCUCCUCUGCCCUCUGGACUCCGCUCUCCUCGUGAUUCCCUGGCUUCCCAGAGCCCCCUCCUUAUGGCAGCAGCCCCCCGAGUCUGCGGCUCAGCUUGUCAGCGGACGACCCUCUCGCUCCCGGGGCUGGGCCGGGUCACUGGAUGUUUCUGAAACUCUGGAGAUCAUGCGCGGGUUUGGCUGCUGCUUCCCUGUCGGGUGCCACUGCCACCGCCGCCGCCUGUGCUGCCGCCGUCCGCGGGAUGCUCAGUAGCCCGCUGCCCGGCCCCCGCGAUCGUGUGUUCUUCGGAAGCCGUUUGCUACUGCAGAGUUGCGCGAACUAGUCAUGGUGCUGUGGGAGUCCCCGCGGCAGUGCAGCAGCUGGACACUUUGCGAGGGCUUUUGCUGGCUGCUGCUGCUGCCGGUGAUGCUACUCAUCGUAGCCCGCCCGGUGAAGCUCGCGGCUUUCCCUACCUCCUUAAGUGACUGCCAAACGCCCACCGGCUGGAACUGCUCCGGUUAUGAUGACAGAGAAAAUGAUCUCUUCCUCUGUGACACCAACACCUGUAAAUUUGAUGGGGAAUGUUUAAGAAUUGGAGACACUGUGACUUGCGUCUGUCAGUUCAAGUGCAACAGUGACUAUGUGCCUGUGUGUGGCUCCAAUGGGGAGAGCUACCAGAAUGAGUGCUACUUGCGGCAGGCUGCCUGCAAACAGCAGAGUGAGAUACUUGUGGUGUCUGAGGGAUCGUGUGCCACAGAUGCAGGAUCAGGAUCUGGAGAUGGAGUUCAUGAGGGCUCUGGAGAAACCAGUCAAAAGGAGACUUCAACCUGUGACAUUUGCCAAUUCGGUGCGGAAUGUGAUGAAGACGCGGAGGAUGUCUGGUGUGUGUGCAACAUCGACUGUUCUCAAACCAACUUCAAUCCCCUCUGUGCUUCUGAUGGGAAAUCUUAUGAUAAUGCAUGUCAAAUCAAAGAAGCAUCAUGUCAGAAACAGGAGAAAAUUGAAGUCAUGUCGUUGGGUCGAUGUCAAGAUAACACAACUGCAACUACUAAAUCUGAAGAUGGGCAUUAUGCAAGAACAGAUUAUGCAGAGAAUGCUAACAAGUUAGAAGAAAGUGCAAGAGAACACCAUAUACCUUGCCCAGAACAUUACAAUGGUUUCUGCAUGCAUGGGAAGUGUGAACAUUCUGUCAAUAUGCAGGAGCCAUCUUGCAGGUGUGAUGCUGGUUAUACUGGACAACACUGUGAAAAAAAGGACUACAGUGUACUGUACGUUGUUCCCGGCCCUGUACGAUUUCAGUAUGUCUUAAUCGCAGCUGUGAUUGGAACCAUUCAGAUUGCUGUCAUCUGUGUGGUGGUUCUCUGCAUCACAAGGAAAUGCCCCAGAAGCAACAGAAUUCACAGACAGAAGCAAAAUACAGGGCACUACAGUUCAGACAACACAACAAGAGCAUCCACGAGGUUAAUCUAAAGGGAGCAUGUUGCACAGUGGCCGGACUUCUGAGAGCUGGGACUACACAAUACAGUAUUAUAGACAAAGGAAUAAGACAAGAGAUCUACACAUGUUGCCUUGCAUUUGUGGUAAUCUACACCAAUGAAAACAUGUACUACAGCUAUAUUUGAUUAUGUAUGGAUAUAUUUGAAAUAGUAUACAUUGUCUUGAUGUUUUUUCUGUAAUGUAAAUAAACUAUUUAUAUCACACAAUAUAGUUUUUUCUUUCCCAUGUAUUUGUUAUAUAUAAUAAAUACUCAGUGAUGAGAAAAAAUUGGCAUUCUUAAAUUUGCGGUAUCUCAUAACUGUCCAUAUAAUCCAGCGGUACAAUCUGUACAGGCAUCAGUACUGCAUCUUUCCCCACAUCUUGAGACAGAGCAUUAGUUUAUACAGGACUCAGUGGCUAUGUUUUGAGUGAUUCCGAGAUCAAGGGAAAUGAUGGUUAUUGGAAAAGAGAAAAAAUAAUUUACUUUAUAUCGAGUGAGGAUAAAAUAUUUCAGAUCUUUGAAUCAGCUCUAUUUCAUCAAUUUUCUUCCCUGGUCUUCCAUUUUCAUCCCCAGAGCUGAAAAAUCUCUGGCAUAUAAAUGAAAUCAAAGAAGAAGGGGAGGGAAAGUGUUUUAUAACUCAUAAAAGAGAGGGAAAGAAGAUAUUGGUUUUUAUUUGGAAAGCAUCUUAGAAUGAAGGGUCGGGAACAAGUUACAUAUCAGGAAUACACAGAGCACGAAAUCUGUUCCAUUUAGGUGAGUGGAACUAAGAACGUGCAGAAAAAUUUAAUAACAUCAUUAAAAGUGAAACACCAGAAUCAUAGACUCUCAGAAGCUCCUUGCUACAUUUAUAGCAUGGAGUUCUUUAAAAGGAAGUUAGAAUUGCCACCAAAUUCCUUAUGAAUAGCUUUAUGGCUAAUGCUGACCCAUUGUUUGAAGUGGAACUAUGGUGAUGAUAGUUCAUAAAAAAAUGGAGAAAUACAUUGUAAGCAUAUUUAUAUGCUGAGAUAAGAAAGCAAAUUAAC